AUGUAUGAUCGACUGGAAUCAAUCUCUAAAUCACCUUCGACUUGGCACAUCGAUAUCGAACCAGCCAACACGCCACCUUCACCUGGUACUCGAUCACCUUCACCUACACUUACCGACCAACGUAAACCCAUUCAUCGUCGAUUCCUAUCCCACCUCCAGGAAGAUAUCUCCAAUGGUUCAGUGACCUACCCAUCGAUAUACAUGUGUUUCCUGACUGGUUUAACGGCGGCACCAUCCUUCGCAGCAUGUUUCGUAUGGUGUGGAUUCCAAACUGGAAAUGCCGCUCAAUUGGGUCUGGCACUAGCACGAACGUUCACCCCAGAUCAUCAGAGGACAUUUGGUUUUCAGAAGAUGGACCAACAAGCUUUAGUAAGCUUGUUAACUUUCUUCAUGGGAAGUUCAUUAGGUCAAAUUGGUAACAAAGUAGGAGGAAAGAAGAGGUACUGGUUGAUAGCAGCCACAUUCAUUCAGAUGUUAUUGAUGAUGAGCGCUGCUUUGGUUGGCCAUUUUUCUGGUGAAUCAGGUCUAGCAGAUGGACGGGGUGAUCCUUCUUGGGUGACACCAAUGGGUAUGACCACUUUGGCUUUCCUCUCCGCCACAAUGGGUUUACAAGGUGCUGUGGGUUUGAGACUUGGAAGCCCAAUGGCUACCACUGUACCUCUGACCAGUACCUGGAUCGACAUAUUCAACGACCCUUUCUUAUUCGCCUUACGAGCUGUUCGCACCCGAGAUAUUCGAUCCGCGGGUGCUCUGUCUCUCAUAUUCGGUGCUUUUGUCUCUCGAGCAAUCUUGGGCGUCAUAGGCUCCGCUGGGACGAUCGGAGUAGUGAUUGGAUUCAGGGCAGUCUUGCUAGGAUGGUGGUUCUUCUUACCAGGUAAUGAAUCGACGGUCGAACAAGGUCAACAAGAACCUAAACCGCAGAUACCAAAAUGA